UUUGAUUGUUAACCUCUAUAGCCAAUAUAGCCAAUAUUUUUCUUUGCUUACUCUCGAUGUCUGUUUCGUGAUGCCGGUAACAAUGGCUACUUUGGCUAUAUGAGAGCGGUCGAGAAACCACACGUAAAAGACAAAGGUAAAAUGGCAACAGGCUACACUCUUCCCUCCCUGACCACUGUAAUCUGUGGAGUAUUUACAGCUUACAUUAUCCAUUCUGCCUGGACCCUGGGACAGCUUUUCAUGCCACCAUCUUGUCCAGAAUAUUCUGAAUGUUUACACCCUCUUAUUGCUCAGGAACCAAAAUUUCAGCUCUUAGCCUUUACGUCGCAGAAAAAGAUGCCAGAAUAUGCUACAGACCUCAGACUGGUGCACAGGGUACAGCAGUUUGAUUAUUUAAAGGAACAAGAAGAGUUAGUAGAGGUUCUAUUACCUAAAAGAGUCAGAAAUAAUGGCUCCUUAUAUCUUCAUAUAUUCUUAACUUCACCCUCAGUUGACCCAGAGGAUUGGGGUAGUGUAGUCAAGGAUGACCUUGCUGUGUAUGCUAUGGCUCACCUUACGAAGUAUCAUAUUCCUGAAGCUGCGACAAUUAAUUUGCUUGGUGGAGAAGAGAAGAAGCAAAAACCCCAAUCAGGGAGAAAAAGACCAGUCACCCACUUCCAGUCGCUAAUAGUGUUUAACAUUCUUACUGAUCCUGUUAGUCUUCCUCGUAAUGCUGUGCCAUAUGAUAUAGGGCGCUCUCUCAGGUUGGAUUCCAAUGGACAGUACCUCCCAAUCCUGUAUGUGGAUAGUCUUAGUGCACGCUUAAGAGAUUUGGUGGAAGUAGAUUCUUCAAUGAAAGAGACAAACUUGACUCUAAAAUACAGCCCAAUAUCAUAUGGAAAAAUAAGAUUAUGGAUGCAGUUUGAAGCUGCACUGCAUCCUAUGGCACAUUUAGGAUUCUCAGAUAAGGACUUGGAUGAAGUGAAGGGCAUUUUCUCAGAUACAAACCUUUACUUCUUAUGUGUAACUUUUUUGGUUGCAGCCUUACAUAUGCUGUUUGAUUUCUUGGCAUUCAAGAAUGACAUAUCUUUCUGGCGGGGAAGAAAGACAAUGGAAGGAAUUUCUUCAUCUACAGUUGCUUGGCGAGCUUUCUCACAGAUCAUCAUUUUCUUAUACUUAUUAGAUGAAAAUACCAGCAUGUUGGUAUUAGUUCCCACUGGCAUAGGUGGAGUCAUAGAGCUAUGGAAAGUGACCAAAGCCUUCCAUAUCAAAUUUGAUAGCUGGAGGCCCAAGGUCACAAGUGCAAGAACCUCUGGUGAGAACACUACGGAGAAGCUUGACUCUGAAGGCAUAAAAUACCUUAGCUACUUGAUGUGUCCCCUGCUUGUGGGGCUGGCUGUAUAUUCACUACUGUAUACACCACACAAAAGGAACAUUAGUCUUGAAGCCUUAUAUAGAAAUAUAUCCUUACUGUCACAUUACUGGACUUCAGAAAUCGAGGGUGUGGAGCUACACUUCAGGUGUGGAGUCAUACUCAAACUGUUCUGUGGCAAAAAUGAAUGA